UGUCUGGAUCAUGGAAGCUCACAGCUUUCCAGGAGAGCACACACCUGUCUCUGAGCCACCUCUGGUGUAUUGAUGCGGUCUCUGUGGAAUUAAUGCAAGGCAAACAAUGGUUCAGGGUAGUCUGUAAGGGCCUGUCUGGGCAGCUGCGCUACCUGCCAGGGGAAACAUACUAUAGACACAGUGGCCCAGGUGUACUAAGCCGUGCUGUCCCUAAAAACAUCUGCCCAGCGGUGCAGCUAUCCUGGUGAUAGUAAUGCUGGACCUGACUUCAUCCCUCCUUGUCCUCCAGUGCAUCUCUCUUUGUGCAUCCUCGUUCCCCUCCUUUCUCAGCCCCAAUGUCACCUUCAACCAUAUGGCACGUGACCCAAGCUCUGGUUACAUCUACAUUGGAGCUGUCAACUGGAUUUUCCAACUUUCACCGGACCUCAACCUUCUGGUGAAGGACAGUACAGGUCCAAAACAGGAUAGCCCAGACUGCCUUCCAUUCAAGGAACUUCGUGAUUGCCCACAGGCCUCGCUCACAGAUAACACUAACAAGCUUCUGAUUGUCAAUUCGUACUCUGGGGAACUGUUGACUUGUGGACAGGUCUUCCAGGGUAUUUGUGAGAAAAGGAACCUGACUUACAUCUCUAACAUCAUAUAUCAAACUGAAGAUCCUGGAGAUAACCAGUUUGUGGCUGCUAAUGACCCCAAGGUUACCACAGUGGGAAUUGUGGAGAGGGCUUUGGGAAGCCUUGAUCGCCUGUUUGUAGGCCGGGGCCUGACCGCAAGACUUUCUGGGGGAAUACCACCUAUUACCAUAAGACAGCUAGAUAAAGCUCCUGUUUUUUCCAAUGAAGGUCUAGGAAAACUAGUUGUGGGAGACUUUUCGGAUUACAACAAUAAUUACGUGGAUGUAUUUUCCAGCAAUGGCCAUAUCUAUUUCUUGUUUUUUCGUCGAGGGUCCAAAUCCCAUAUGGAUUACAAAACCUACUUGGGUAGCAUCUGCAUUAAUGAUACCUACCUCUACUCUUAUGUGGAAAUACCUCUCCAGUGCACUAAGGAUUACAACCUGGCACAGGCUGCCCACCUUGAGACGGAGACGCAGAAACUUUUUGUAGUCUUCGCAGCCAGUCAGGGUCCCACUUCCAUACCAAGUAGUCAAACUGCUGUUUGCUCCUACAGCAUGAAGGACAUCAAGGAAAGGAUAGAGAGGGCACGUCGGCUGUGCUACACCAAAGAAGGGAAGGGGGAGUCUGGGCAAGAAGAAGCUGGCAUAGAGUAUGGAGUCAACUCAAAGUGUGCCCCGCUUCCCACGGUAUGAGCUUAAGUAAUAAUAA